AUGUGCGGUCACGUUAUGCGCGGUCGCUUCACCCCUCGCUGCCCCGAGCUCAGCGUCGAUUACUCUACCGCCUGGUCUCCCCAGGUCCGCAUUCCGGUCCUCAUCCUUAUCACCCUUUUCUUCAUGUGUAUGCAUCCGGCUGUUGCCAAUGCCACCAAGCGCGCCAUCUGGAUGGUCGUCAAGCCCAUUGCUCUCCUCAUCGGCUACUUCUCUGUUGCUAUCGUCCGCACCUUGAUCUUCGCCUUCAUUGAUGGACCCAAUAUGGUUGUCACGGUCCUUACUCCAGAUAAGCGCAACGGCAUCGACUUCCUCGACAUCGAUGUCGAGAACAACACCAAGCUCAAUGCCAUCUGGAGCCGUCUCCACACUGAGGAGGAGUGGGUUCCUGGUGGCGUCUUCGACAAGAAGUACAAGCCCUUCCUGCCUGCCAGAAAUAUGAAAAUGGCUGGCCCUCGUCAGAAGAAGGUCAUGACCCGCGACCGUGGCCUGUCUUGCUAG